GGCAAAUCUGGCUAUAUGCUGAAACCUCCGCCGAGUAUCCAAUAAUGAAUGCGUCGGUGCGGACAAUCAGCAGGGAAGGAAGUCUAAGACCGUAAAGCCUCAACGACUGCACGCCAGACAUCCCAUAUAUAUAAGAUGGGAUGAUGAUACAGUCUGAACUUCCAGGCGACUGGAAGCUCAAGCGUUUCGCUUGGGAUCUAAUCAACACUUCGUGCCUCCAGGCUCAGGCUUGAUUUAUCAAAGUGUAGGUACUUGACCUAUCAAUUUUCAUUUCCAAGCGGGAUUAGAUUAACACAAUUGCCUAAAGAGUAACGGAGGCGCGCGAAGGUUGAGAGCAGUGAGUAGGAGGAGGAGGAGGAAGAGGAGGAGGAGGAAGAGGCGGAGGAGGAGGCGGCGUUAGGAUCGUGUCAGGCCUUGGGAACUGCCGCGGCGAGGCUUGUAGGCGUUUGGAUCAUCGGCCGGCGGUUGCUCUUCUCUCUUCUCAGCCACUGGGAAAUUGUGGGAAUCGUGUUGGUAGUGGCGCCUCGUGUUUCUCGGAGACGCCGAGAUGGAGUGGUCUGGUCGAAAGGCAAUGGCAAUGGCGGUCACGUCGACUUUCCGGGUGGGGUUCAUUGGGCUUGGAGCAAUGGGAAGUGGAAUGGCUGCUACGCUGGUGGGCAAAGGAUUCAAAGUCUGCGGUUAUGAUGUCUAUGAGCCAUCUAUGGCUAAGAUGAGAGAGAAAGGCAUGUCUACUGCUACAAGCUGUGCCGAGGCUGCCUCAGGUGCCCAGGUCUUGGUGGUCAUGGUAACCAAUUCUGACCAAGCGGAGUCUGCAUUGUUUGGCCCAAAAGGAGCUAUGGAUGUGCUACCUUCAAGGGCAUGUAUUGUGAUGUGCUCAACAGUUGCAGCCGCUUACGUUCGAGGACUAGACCAUCGACUGAGAGGGGCUGGACGCGAAUGGGAGGUGGUCGACGCACCCGUGUCAGGUGGAGUUGUAAAGGCGGCCAAUGGGACACUGACGAUCAUGGCAUCAGGGUCUGAAGAGGGACUGAGGAGAGCAGACUCUGUCUUACGUGCCAUGAGUGAGAAAUUGUACAUCAUUCCUGGAGGAGUAGGGGCUGGAAGUAAUGUGAAGAUGGUAAAUCAAUUGCUUGCUGGAGUACACAUUGUGGCUUCUGCGGAGGCAAUGGCUCUCGGCGCACGUUGUGGCCUCGACACACGCCUACUAUAUGAGAUAAUCAGUAAUGCCGCAGGAAACUCUUGGUAAUAAUUUGUGUCCUCCCUCCCUCCCUCCCUCCCUCCCUCCCUCCCUCCCUUUCUUCCUUCCUUUCUUCCUUCCUUCUUUCUUUCCUUUAUUCCAUCCCUUCUCCUUCGCUUCUUUCCUUAGGUUCUCCAGGGCAAUUCAGCAUCUUUCCAUUUCUUAGCUAGAACAUGAUGUCAGAAAUGCAACACCAACUCUUGUCACUCCCNUCCAGGGCAAUUCAGCAUCUUUCCAUUUCUUAGCUAGAACAUGAUGUCAGAAAUGCAACACCAACUCUUGUCACUCCCACUCGUUAUGAAGUGUGCAAACAUGGCUCUGGAGGAAGAGGACAAAAAGAAACAAAGUAGCGAAGGAGAA